CUGCUCAACUGAAGGACUGCAAGGCGCACUGAGACCAACACAAACACAAAGUGGAGUGGGCAUGUGAUCCUUUAAAUUUGCGGGAACUAACUGUGCACAGAUAGUUUGACAUUUUUAUGGGAGGCAGGAAACAGUGACCUGUUGAGAUGGAAAGUACGACCCCUUCAGUCAACUUGAGCACGUCACUGGGAGCAAACACGACCAACGCGUCGUCAUCGUCAGCCGAUGAGGAGCGUAACAUGAUCCUUCUGGGCAUGGUCAUGUCUUUACUCGUUUUGUGCAUCGUCUUUGGCAACAUUCUGGUGAUAACAGCCAUCACCCGCUUUCAGCGACUCCAAAAUGUCACCAACUGUUUCAUCAUAUCCCUGGCAUGUGCAGACCUUGUCAUGGGCCUCAUUGUGGUUCCCUUCGGCGCCUGUUACAUUAUCUUUAAUACGUGGCACUUUGGCAGUUUCUGGUGUGAGUUCUGGACUGCGACCGAUGUCCUCUGCGUGACCGCCAGCAUCGAGACCCUGUGUGUCAUUGCUAUAGACCGUUACUUGGCCAUUACUUCACCGUUCCGCUACCAGUCCAUGUUGACUAAGUGCAAAGCUCGAAUUGUCGUCGUGCUGGUGUGGGUGAUUGCCGCCUUGACAUCUUACCUGCCCAUCCACAUGAAAUGGUGGAUAUCGAACACUACAGAAGCCAAGACAUGCAUGGAUGACAGCUACUGCUGUGAGUUCCACACCAACAUGGGCUACGGCAUCACCUCCUCCAUCAUCUCCUUCUACAUCCCUUUGCUCAUUAUGGUUUUUGUCUAUAGCCGUGUUUUCCAGGAGGCCAGGAAGCAGCUGAAAAAGAUUGACCAAAGCGUUGGACGCUUUCAUAACAGCGACAACGACUUGAAAUCUAUGGAGGCCAACAAUGGGCGCGCCCAAAAAAAGGCCAAGUUUUGCCUGCGGGAACACAAAGCCCUAAAGACUCUGGGCAUCAUCAUGGGGAUCUUCACCUUAUGCUGGCUGCCCUUCUUUCUCCUCAACGUUGUGGUGGCCAUCUGGAACGUUGAGGACAAACUCGCAUUCAGGAUACUUAACUGGAUAGGUUACUCAAACUCUGCUUUCAAUCCGCUCAUUUACUGCCGGAGUCCUGAGUUCAGGUACGCCUUCAAGGAAAUCCUGUGCUUGAACGGGGACCGCCUCAGCAACCCGGGACCAAUGAAUGGAUACAUCUACAGCAGGAACAGCUGGCAGAGCGAACAGCAAGGGAGGAGUAAGGGCAGCUCGGAGGACAGUGACACCAAUGAAGGGUGUCUGGCGAAAGGAACCGCGCUCUGCGGCGUCAUGGACAAAGCGGUUGACCCAAACGGAAACUGCAACAAAACCAUAUCGACUGUAACAACCGUCCUCUGAAGCCGGAGCUCUGACAAUUCAGUCAGCAGGGACAUCCAGAGGCGGUAACACUGCUGUCAAAAACUUUUUCCCCAAAUUGACUGAUGCAGGUGAGGCCAGCGGCGGCGACUGGCAGAGUUACUGCUUUAAAGAAACCGCAGUGAUAAUGUUGAGGUAUGGAAAGUUCAGUUUUUCAGACACAAUGAAUGAAUACUUUAGUCAGAUCUCUUUCUUUCCUUUUUUUUCCAUUGAUCAUUACAGCUCAUGACAUCUACCUCAUCACAGAUUUUUUUCUAUCGUUAAGCUUCAAUGACUUUCACACUUUCUCCACUGGAGUUGAACUCUGGAGCUAAACUUGGGCAGUGUCUCAGAUAUUUAUUUACUCUAUGAAAUGCUCUGUGGAUCGUUGCCUGUUAUCGGUCUUUAGCUGAAUCAUUUGGACAUUAUUUUAUUCCCCUACUUCUCUUGAAACAAAACCACAGUUUUCAUCAUCAUUAUUAAUAUUAUUAUUAUUAUUAUUAUAAUAAGUAGUGGUAGUAGUAGUAGUAGUAGUAGUAGUAGUAGUAGUAUUAAUUCUAAUGUCAAAGUAAACACAGUAAGAAGUUGUCAGUCAGACCUGAACACUUCACUUGUAAUGUAAAAACAAUGAACUUAUUUACAUCCGAAGAUGGUAAAUAGGAGGGUUUCACCUCUGUGGUGCUACGUGUUCUAAAAUACAUUCCAAGACCGCUAAUAUUAUAAUCUACCGUCACCUGGAUUAAAAUUCUUUUUUUUGAUUGUGAGAGUUUUAAAUACAGUAUGGGCAACAGUUGAGGCAGAAACCUGUCUCACUCCUCUGUUGCCUGCUCUGGUGUCUCACAGGCUGUUGUCAGCAGAAAUAAGACAGUCGACACUAAUCUAGAUCUCACUGCUGAGCUUAAAAAAAACGAAAAGAAAGAAAGAAAAAAAAUGCCUGUGGCCAUCUGUGUCGAAAGCAUGAUAAAACUUGAAAGUUUAUAUCUGUCAUAUCAGCAAGGCUGCAUUUUAAAUCACCAAGAUGAUGACAUUAUAGAUAAUGUGGUAUAUUAAGCUUCAGUACUUGCAGGUUUUAUAAAUCCCAAUUACCUUUUUUUUUACACUAUUGUGCAAGUAAAAUGCCGUAUCUUCUGUCAACUGGUUCAGAUAUGUAAAAAGCAAACCACCACUUGCUUCAUUUUAUAGCUUAUUACAUAAGUGUUAGAAAAACGACUUGUCCUUUCUGUCCUUUCUGGACAACAGUAACAGUCGUCCUCUUGGCAUCACACGCCUUGUUUAUUAUUUCUCUUCUGAUUGCCGUUUCAAAAUGCUCAGUGUUUACUGCAUGCAAAGAAGCUACUUCCUCAGAGUGUGCGGGUACAAAUAACACAUAAUAAUAAACAGGGCGUCAACAAGUGAUAGAGUUCCAGGGCUAAGACAUGUUGACGAGACUAGGAGCUACUAAACAGGAGACCAAAGCUUUUUACUUUUUUUUUUUUCCCAGUGGACUCGGGUGUCCUCGGAAACGUGCCUCAGCUCCAAUUGUUUCAGUCAGUUUUGGUCAGUCUCCUUUAAACGCUUCUUGAUGUGCAGUCUCCAGGAAACGCCUCAAUCCAGCUGAGCCCAGUCCCAAUAAACAUGAAUAAACACAUUAUCUCUGCUGUUUAGCUGGAAAAUCAGAUAACCCCCCCACAAAAAAAAACAAAAACAAAAACAAAAAAACAUCAUUGAAACAGAUUAGCAGAUGAACAGGUUUAGAGUUUCCAAUUUGCAGGUUGUGAUGAGACCUUGACUUUGGGAGACUUGAACAGCACAAGAAAAAAAAGAGCACUUUCUAAAGCAUGCACGACUUUAAUUAAAUAACUUCACACCUUUUGCAAAAUCAUGAGUUUAAAGAGAGGUUACAGAGUUUAAAUGUAGCCCCUUUCCCCCAGUCACUUUGGCAGUCUCUCGUCUGAUCUGAUCAAAGUGACAGCACGCUAAAUGUAGCUCCUGAAGGCAGAAGGAGGGGGACCAGGGAUUCUCCGCCAGUCUAAAUCUGUGUUAGUGACUUGUAUUUUAGUGCAUGCAGCAUUGCCUCUGUAUGGAGCUGGAUUUGCUGACGCUCUCAAAAUGUGAACUUUGUUCCUUCAGAGGAAAUCUCGGUGUACUGUAUCGCAAGAUUUGGCCAGUGAUUUUAUCGCAGGCCGUAGACAUAGACGUAAACACGGUGUCAUCGUACGUCAGUGUUUGCCAUGUGAAAAACAAGCUUUCCGGUGUGUUGAUCUUUUUCUGUUUUUCGUCUUUGCAGAUUUACAGCAAAGUAAAUGCAGGGGUUGAAUGUCGUAUGAAAUGUUGUUCAGCUUUUUUUGCCUUAUUUUUCUUUCUUUUUUUUUUUACAUUUUCACUGUACAGCAUGCUGAAAGCACAAAUCUGAUACAGUACUUAGACCAAGUUUUUGAUAUGUUGUAUUUAUUCACUCACAAACAGACUGUGUCGUUUAAGACGUGUAAUUUUGAAGGCGCCGUAUAAGUGGCUGCAUGUCCACUUUAUAUUUGUGAUGUUGUGUUAGUGGACUGCUGUGCCGUUUCUUUGUGAGGCGGUGUGAGAGGUUAUGAACCACACACCUUCACUGCUCCCUCCUGGCAGUGGCCUAUCCUUGCACCUCAGCUGUCCUCCACUUAUAAAUGAUUACUGUUUCAUCAAUACCCUUUUAUAUUAAGGGAUAUAAUUCAUGCCUUCACAUCCUCAAUGCUCUAGGACGCAACACUGCUAUAUGCAAUGAAUAUUGAGCGAUGAGCUGACAGUACAACAUUCCCGGCACAGCUGAUGUUUUAUAUCAGGCUUACGAUGCACGUUCACUUCGGCCACCAGCGUCUGGUCCAAUUACUACCCACUUCACCCACCGCUGUACUUACACUAUCUCAGCCAAUGCAAAAGGGUCUUUUAAAGAAGAUUACCUGUUACAGUACAGACAAAUCGAUGAGGUUAUAUAUUACAGUUUGGCAUUAACGUAUUCCACAUACUUCAGCGUAACAGAAUACGGUGUAGGUCAGAGACUGACAUGUUAAUGUGCACCACGUUUGGCUGGACUCACGCCAAACCUAUCCUCCCUGAUUCGGUCUUGUUUCAAAUAAAUACAACCCUCUUGUCUCAUUUGAUUUAGCCGAACCAACCUAAAGCAGCACUGUGUAGCACUUUUAUGAAAAAUUUGUUGAGAUUUUAAGCGCACAUUUGAGUUCAUGAACUUUUUAAACAGUUUUGACUGUUCACUUGUGCCAUAACAAACGUGGGGAAGAUCUCCUUCCUGACUGCAAUUCAAAACAAAGAGUCAUGACAAAGGAUCGCUGCAGCAUCUCAGCACAGAUUUCGCCCCCUAUUUGCAGAAAUGAUCUUUUAUGGAGUUUAACUAUGAAAUAAAUGUGGCUGUUUGGUUCCAACAAAGAGCAAGCUUUUCAUACGUGAACUUUUUUUUUUCCUUUGUGGUCCGAGUGAGGAGCUCAUCACUCAAAUGAAUGUUUACUAAAUGUUUGCAAGCUACUUUUGUACAAAUCCUUGUGGCUCUUUGUUAAAGCCUCGAAAGCUGGUAUAAUUUGUGCUCCACUGUGGUAUUUAUUAGUAAAACAAGUGUGUGUGUGAUGUGUCAUGUUUUUAUUGAAAUAAAUUAUGUACAUGUUGC